CAAAGCGUGAUUAUGAAACGACGUUCAUGUUUUUACUGAUAAAUAUGAUGUACAUAACGAGGAAAAAAAACACAAUAAGAACGUGUUAAGAUACAAAAGACACUAGUGGAAGUCGUCAUUAUAACUUAUCUGCUGCGAUCACUCAUGUCAGUUACAUUGUGAACGGUAAAAUAUCACUGGAUAUGAACAAUGCAGACAUAAUUUAUUUCGAUCUUUAUCGGUUAGAAAAAUGCACGAGGUAAGGGCCCAAACGACACCGUCCGGGAGACGCAGUCGUACACGACACCACAAACAUACCACACAGGCAUCAAAAUAAAUAGCUUUACCAAUAACUGCCAACGCCUUUAAAGAAUGAUGGAUGACGAGGAAGCAAUUGCCGUAGUUGGUGUAGGCUGUAGGUUUCCUGGAGCAGACACUGCUGAGGAAUUUUGGCGCGUGCUUGUUAAUUCUGAAAACCAUGUCAAAGAUAUCCCAAAAGACAGAUGGAACAAUGAGGCGUUUUUCAAUGAAGACAAAGAUGCGGUUGGGAAGAGCUAUGUUUCCAAAGCAGGUCUCCUUAAAGACCAUGAUAUGUGGGACAACAAGCUAUUUGGAGUAAGUGAUGUUGAAGCUGCAAGAAUCGACCCUCAGCAAAGAUAUGUUCUUGAAUGUGUCCACAUGGCUAUGGAGGAUGGGGGCUUCACAAGAGCCAAGAUGAGCGGUACAAAGACAGGAGUCUAUAUAGGUUGCAUGAACGACGAUUACAAGAUAAUGAGCUCACAGGACCCAUCAGGCACCACAAACUACAGCGCAACUGGUACGUCCACCACGGUUAUAUCGGCUAGAGUGUCUUACGUGUUCAACCUCCACGGGCCUUGUUUAACCGUAGAUACGGCCUGCUCUUCUGCAAUGAUGGCUAUUCACCUUGGAUGCCAGGCUAUAAGAUCAGGUGAUUGCUGUCAGGCAAUAUGCGGUGGAGUGAGCAGCAUUAUGUAUCCAGACAUGUUCAUACCAUUAAGUAAAGCCAGAAUGAUGUCAACUGUUGGCCGAUGCCAGACCUUCUGCGAUACAGCCGACGGAUAUGCCAGAGGAGAAGGAUGCGGUGUAGUUAUUCUCAAACCACUUAAACAGGCAUUACGUGAUUCUGACAAAGUAUGGGGAGUCAUAGUAACCGGUACAAACCAAGACGGUAGAGCAUCACAACCCAUGACUGCGCCAUCUGGAAACCAGCAGCAGGCUUUGCUUAAGCACGUUUACACCAAAUACGACAUCGAUCCAUCAACUGUUCAGUACAUAGAGGCUCACGGAACUGGAACACACAUAGGUGACCCUACGGAGACAAACGCACUAGGAUCGUUCUUUUCAAAAUUUCGAGGACAAAAACCAAACCCUCUUUUGAUAGGAUCAGUAAAAACAAAUAUUGGACACACUGAAUCUGCUGCAGGAGUAGCUGGUCUUAUCAAAGUACUCCUUAUGAUGAAGGAGGGGAAAUUUGUUCCAUCGCUUCAUAUUCAACGAGACAAAAAGAAUGUCAAUAAGGAAAUAGAUCUAGGGAAACACAAUAUUGACAUUCCAGUUGAAGUGUCUGAAUGGAAAGUGAAUGUAAAAGGACAACGGAUUGCCUGCAUCAAUUCAUUUGGUUUUGGGGGCUCGAAUUGUCAUGCUGUUGUCAAAAGUGCUGCAAAAUUGGAAAAUUAUGAAUUUAAUGAAGUCUUGAUUCCUUUAUUAUUUGGUAUAUCUGGAAUCGACAAAAAUUCACUUCAAAAUAAUUUGGUAAGUUUUAUCAAAAAUAUUUCUGAAAAGAAAGUAAAUCUUCCUGCCGCCUCAUACACUUCUCUUUUACGGAGGGACCAUUUCAAGUAUCGCACAAUAAUUGCAGGCUCAACAAUUGUGGAAGUUAAAAACAAUGCACGCGUUAAACUUACGAUGACCCCUAAAACACGGAAGUAUACAAACAACAAUAUUGUGUUUGUUUUUUCCGGAGUUGGAACGACAUGGCCGGGCAUGUGUUGCCAAUUCAUGACAAACCAAACAUUUAGAAAAACAAUAAAAGAAAUCGAUGAUUGCCUUCAACCUCUCACGGACUUAAUAUUGUCUGGCCUGUUCACAAGCCAAGAGACGAAAUACGACGACCCAUUUCUGAAUCACGUUGCAAUAUUUGCUGUUCAGGUUGCUCUUGCACGCGUGUGGAUUGGUUUUGAUGUAGAACCAAACGCCAUUAUUGGCCAGUCCGUUGGAGAAGUCGCAGCAGCUCACAUUUCUGGGCGCAUACCGCUUGCAGAAGCAGUGAGAAUCAUAGUUCAUCGAUCAAAGAUACUAGCUGAACACAUAGGUGGAUCAAUGAUGGUUGUCAAAGGAGUUAACUUGAAACGCGUGGAAUUGAUUUGCUCAGAACACAGCAAUACCAGUAUUGCUGUUUACAGUAGCCCCGUUGGUUGCACACUAUCGGGCGAGAGUUCAGAAAUUGAGUCCAUCAAGGAAACUCUACAAGAACACAGUGAAACAGAAGCUUUAAACACUGUUUUAAUUCGAAAACUUAAUGUAGCCUCAGCAUAUCACAGUCCUUUGGUUGAUUGUUGCAAGAAAGAAAUAACCGAUGCAAUUGGUAAAAUAGAACAUAUCAAUAAUUUCAAAUAUAAGAUUAUUUCAACAGUCACAGCAAAUGACGCAUCUGAUACAGAUUUCACAACAGGCGAGUACUGGGCGAAAAAUGUUCGAAAAUCUGUUUUGUUGUACCAAAGUGUAAAAAGAGCUGCAUCAAAUACAAAAUACAAUAUCUUUCUGGAAAUUGGACCAAAGCCGGUACUGAAAGCUCACCUUCCAGACAUUUUUGAGGACAGGGAGUUUAGUUGUCAACAGUCAAUGAAUUUGAACAAAGAAUUGCCAUGUAUGUUUGAUACGUUGUCGGAACUUUUCCAAAAUGGAGUUGAAAUAAAUUGGACGAAUUUGUUCGACGAAAAAAUGAUUCCUACUUCCAUACCAAAAUAUGUCUUUCAAAAAUCAAAAACACUGCAUUUGUCUGAAAAAAUAAAACACCAUUUAGCGGGUUUAAAACCAGACGAGAAUACUUCGCACAUGUUUAUAAAAUCAGUGUUGCAUGGUAAAGAAAGCGAAUUUGAAAUUUGUCUUUCAGUUUCAACCACAAACUUUGUUUUUGACCAUCGUAUGUCAGGUACGGUUUUGGUACCAGGUGCCACAUACAUCGAUGCUGCACUAUUUGUUGGAACUAAUGUUCUUGGUAAAAGUGUACAUAGUCUGUCAGUUUCAGUUGAAUUUGUCAACCCAGUAAUUUUACAACAAAACGAAGAGUCGUCCAUAGUCGUGUCAACAGAUAUCGAAAAGGGGACAGUUGCCCAUUUCCGAUGCCGAAACAAAACGGGUUUUGUUGUUGCAAAAGGAAAAGUAUUUCCACGACAGACGAUCGAGACGAAACAAGUGCAUAUUCAAGAACUUAAAAACAAAUGCCGAAAAGAGAAAGAUAAAGGCUCCGUCUAUAGUACACUUAGAGAUUUGCAGUUUGAAUAUGGGCCUUCACUUGCUAUGAUUGAACACUCUUGGUGUUCUGGUGCUGAAUGCAUUUCGGAAAUUUUCAUUCCUGACAGUAUUGCUAGCGAAAUACAAAAGACCAUUAUUCAUCCUGCAAUUGUUGAUGCAAUGUUUCAGACUUUUUCAAACUUCAUCGAUGAAAAACCUGACGUAGUGUUGCCAAAGGGAUGUGAAACAAUCACCUUAUUUGGACAAAUCGACCCAGAAGAGAGAACUUUAUAUGUGUAUGUAAAGUUAAUAAGUCAAACUGCCAAUGAGUUUCACUUCAAUCUGGUGUUAUUGAAUCCUACGGGAAUUGUUUUACUAGAGAUUUUAGAUUUCUACGCACACACACUAGAGAAAAGCAUCAAUGUCAAACAGACGUAUGUUGACCAAAAGAUGGCUGUUGAAAUUUCAAGGAAAACACAGCAGAGGCAAGUGAUUUUGUUUUCAACAAAGUCGCUUGUUCAUGAAACAUGGUUUUCGGAAUUUGUCGGAUUACAUAGGAUGUGUUGCAUAGAGGAUAUCGACACUGAACACGAAAAUAGGCUAAAAGCAGCCGCAACACUUUUCUAUUCAAAACAACCGGUACAGACACACGACAGCAUAUCUGCUUCUGCAGUUAAUGAAUGUCUUAGAUUCCGAGAGUUUCUAUGUUUGUAUCACAAGAAUGAUCUGAAAUGCCCGAUUUAUAUCAUAACUGAAAACACACAAGACCAUUUGAACAAAGCAAAAGCCUGUGUAACUGUCGAAGGAAGUUACCUUUGGGGUAUGAUACGAGCCUUACGUCAUGAGCAAGACCAUUUGGACCUUCGCUUGGUUGAUGUCGAUAAAAACAAUUUGAAUGUUGAAACGCUGUCAUCCAUUUUUUCCACAAGGGAUAUAACAAACGCAGAAUUGAUUGUAUCUGGAACGUCAGUGCACCAUGUAAACAUUUCGCGUGUGCAGCUCAACACUAUAGGCAGAAAAAGAGAUAUAACGAAGGAUUUUGAAUCAAGUGCUUCUCUUCUGUCGACAUGCCACAAAAAUGUCCAGAAACCGUUUAUAGCUGAUAGAAAGCUGUCGGGGUUACAAGAACAAAGCAAAACAAUGGCAGAGAUUGCAAUAACUUCGAUGUGUCUUCACCCGUUGACAACUUUUGUUCAAACUAUUGGAGUAGACAUUCAAGAAAUUUGGCCUGAUACAGAUUUAGAAAGCAACACUGUUAUAGCGUUGGAAGGCAGAGGGUUUUUAAAGGAUAGCCAUAAGCAGAAUAUCGAAAUGGGAUUUUUAUACCCAGUGCCUGUGCAAUAUCCAACUGUUCGCAUUCCAAAAGAAUGUACUUGGUCUUUGUCAAAAUGUUCUCCAAUACCUGGCGUAUUACUUAAUGCAGAACUGAUCAGGAAAAGUAUCCAAAACAUCCCAAACGGAUCGCACGUUCUUUUAAUCGGAAAUUCAACUAUGAAUGAGCAUAUAAUUAAACAGGUGUUUGAGCUAUUUGGUGCACCAAAAUCAUAUACAUUCUCAUUUGUUGAAAAGGACAAUAUCAAAAAGGAACAGUGCAAUCAGGUUGGUUUAACAAUUGUACCUUUAGUGAAGAUGUCUUCAAAUAACAUUGAUAGAUUAAUCAAGGUUUGCAGGAGUACAACAGGCAUCGUUGCCUUUUUAGGAAACGUGUCCAGCAAUCUCCAGGCGUAUAUUCAAAUGACAUACCCAACACUUACACUCGUGGUUAUUUCCCCUGCAGAAGUAUUCAAUCCGCAAAACUUGUGUAACAGUGUUCAACAAACUCUGGAACAAAUUUCAAGGAACGGCUUAGAAUCAAAUAAGGAAAUAGCAAGUUUGUUCCAAACAUCAGUCAUGCAAACAAUGAACAUAUAUUCAGACUCGAAUAUACACCACAAAGUUGACAGUUUAGGACUCUUUCGAAAGAGCGGUUGCUACAUUGUAGUUGGAGGGUUGACCGGGCUUGGCCGUCUACUGGUAAAAUAUAUUGCUGAAUUAGGAGCCGGCCAAAUUGCAAUAUUUUCUAGGCGCCAGCCAGAUGACGAACAAAAAAGUAAUCUCAAAGAUUUCGAAACACGAUUUUCUACUACGAUUCGUACAUUUCAAGUUGACGUAACCGAACUUUCGUCUAUAAAUUUGGCAAGGGAACGGUUAUGUGUUGCUUUAAAGGGUAUUCCAAUACGAGGUGUUUUUCAAGGUGCUGGUGUUCUCGCCGAUGGCCUUUAUGAAACCCAAACAGCAGAAACUUUUAUGAAAGUUUUAAAGCCGAAAUUAGAUGGGACGUGGAAUUUGCACUUGUGUUUUCAGGAUCUGCACCUGGAUUACUUUGUGAUGCAUUCAUCAGUGACAUCUUUGUUGGGUAACCGUGGACAGACAAACUAUGCGGCAGCCAAUAGUUUUCUUGACAGUAUGGCACUAUAUAGAAGAUCGCUUGGAAUGAGUGGUCAGGCAAUAAACUGGGGAGCAUUAGCAAUAGGAAUGGCAGAAGACGACAAGAUUGCCAAUAGAUUGCAACACCAAGGAAUAGGAAUUCUAUCCGAAGAGAGAACUAAGACAUAUUUUACAGAUGCACUUCUGAGCAAUGUUCCAAACAUUUGUUUUGCUGAUCUUAAAUGGGAUGUUUUAUCACGUUCCAGUGCAGUAAAAAAGCAAAAGAACAAGUUCAGUGGACUCUUCAGGAGCGGCAUGGCUGAAACUGAAAAAGGACAACAACAGAAGGAAAACAUCAACUUGCAUGAAUUGCAGGGACUAGCGAUUCAAGCAAAGAGGUCUGAUGUUCGAAAUAUAAUACUGACACUCAUUGGUAAACAGUUUAUAAUCGAUAUCAUAACACUUAAAGAUAAUCAAAACUUUGUUGAGCUCGGUAUUGACUCUUUGUCUGCAGUAGGGUUUGUAAAUGACCUGCGAACUGUGUUCAGUGUUCCAUAUCCUUUGGUUAAUUUGAUCUCCGGCACAACUACGAUCGGAACAGUUGUAGACUUUUACUGCGAGUGUUCAAAGAAAGCUGAAACAAAAAUCAAUAAUCACACUGAAAACGAUUUAGAAGAGUCAAAAAGGCAAGCUGCAGUCACUCAAAUACCCGAAUUAAUUGGCUAUUUCAGAUCAAACGUCGACCCUGGGCUGACAUACAUGACUGAUAUCGAAAUUAAAGGAAUGACAUUAACGCAUGCAGAUUUCAGGAGCUUUGUUGUACAUGUUUUGACUCGUUUCCGAGAACUACGAUGCCACAUCAAACACGAUGGUCUUGAAACUUUUGUUGUCACCGAAGAUGACGCAAAUGAUGUCUCCGAUAAAAUACCAAUUGAGAUAUUUCCUUUUAAAGAAAUGGUCGAAAAAUUCAACACAGCACAGGAUCAAAGAGGCACUGUUACGUUCGAUUUAGAAAAUCAGUACCCAAUAAAAUUUCAGAUUGGCGAAACAAACAGUUGUUUAUGCAUUCGUGUUUGUGUUCACAAAGCUGUGUCUGACAUGACGUCGAUUGUAUUGAUAUUCAAAGAAAUGAAAACAUUUUUCGAAUCUUCACUAAGGAACAAGCAAAAUAAUGCACACGUUCAUGAAGUUUAUCCUAGAAAAGCAAUUAACGAAGCUGUUCGAGAAAGGAGAAAGGAUGGUCUAAAAUACUGGAGACAAAGAAUAGCAUUUGCAUCACCAUGUUCUCUUGCAAAGCCAAUGAGUGAACCACAAGCCAACUUUUUCAAGUCUACCUCAAAAGCAUUAGGUCCCAACAUUUACAAUCAAAUUAUGGAGUUUUUGCGUGACUCGGAUGCAACCUUGUUCCAGCUAUUUGCUUCAGUAUACCAGUUAUUGUUAUCUGUUGAAACGGGACAACCAAAUGUGACAAUACUUACAGAUGUUAAUCUUCGAGCAGAAAUCCCAGCCAUUGCGGGUGAGGUAGUUAGAGGAAUAAAUGUUAUACCUCUUUCAGUACAACCCUCUAAACAAAUGACGUUUAAAGAGUUCCUUGGAGAAAACAAAAAACAAAUCUUAGCCGAUAUAGAGCAUGGAAGUUUUCCAUAUCUAGAUAUAGUAAACAUUUUGCAGCCUGAAAUUAAAGCCAACAUUGGUCGCCAUUAUCUCAUUAUGAAUGACAUGACCCAAUUUGACAUUCUCACUGGCGGUCCACAGGAUCAAUCAUAUACAAUAUCAAUAAAGAACUUUUGGAUUGCAAAGAUGAGUAAAGAAACUAUAUGCCAAGUGGAGUACAAUACAAAUACCAAGAACAUUACCAUUCACUUCCAUUACAAUGAGCUUAUUUGCGGAGCAGAAAGUGGCAGAAAUCUAGGAGAAAGGCUAUUUCAGAUAUUGCACCACGGAAUUAAUAAUGGGCAACAAACGAUAGAAGCGCUUUUCCACAAAGAAGCCCGUUCCAAAUAUAUAGGCAGACUGCAACAUCAUGAACCUUUAGAUACAUGUAUCCAUGAAAUGGCUACUGAGAUAAGCACAUUAGCUUCGCCAAAUAAUUACAGACUUUAUCCAUCACUGCCGCAGAAAAAGAAGAAUCUGCACACGUUGGAAAUAAUGAAUGGUUAUUUUCAAAAGCAAACAAAAGCUGGUUGGAGUCACCGUGUCUAUGUCACUUUGCUGGAGCAUCAAGACAACGACAAUGACGCUAAAUGGAUGACGAUUCAGUGGAGCAAAAAACCUGGAAGGCCAACCAAAUCGCUUUCAGUGUCCAAUUGCGAUUCUAUCUGCAUGUUGAAAUUGAACGGCCAACAUUCUAUAGUCGUGCAGACACCCGAGAGGCAACUGGUCAUACAUACCCCGGAUCACGAGGUGGCAAACCGGUGGAUGACGGUGUUUGAGAACAGUUCAUUUAUACCCAGUAUUGUAAAUGCAAAAAAUGAUUGACUCGUUUUGUUUUGGGAAACAAGCUAGGAAUAACACACAUCGAGGAAUGCCAUAGUAUAUGAACAUCAGUAAAUUUUAAGUGACCGAUAUGGUUUAACGUCCCCUCGACAACACUGUUAAAGGAGUUGUCGACGUUUUCAAAAUCUAUUAAAAUUGUAUGUUUUGUUGACAACGUUUUGAUCAUAUUUUACCUGUAAAUAGCAUUUACAUAAGGCAAAAAGGUAAUGAAAUGCCAGAUGAAUUGUGGAGUAAAAUAUAAUAACUCACUCGGUUUUAUAUACAUGUACAAGUAACUAAGUUUAAGUGGGACUGCUUUUUAUACAAACCAUUUGUUAUAAUAUGUUCAUGCAGACACAAUAUUCAGUUAAGAUCAUUUAGAUUACACACAAGCUUGAUCGAAUCCGUUAAGUCUGCCUAUGUUUGAGAUUAUAUUUAAAGGGACUAGACACCAGAUGGUCCCUAAAUCGGUAAAUACUGUGUUACCUGAAAACAUGCCUAUAAUUGUCAAUACUAGCUAGUUUGAGUCCAAUAAUCCAUCACGUUACAUUAAUAAAACAAUAUUUCGUCGCAGCUGAGUUUACCCGUUUAAAAAUAUCACAUAAUGGUUUCCCAGUAUAUAGUGAUUAUAUUUAGAAUGUGAAAGUCACGUGAUUAGUUCAGAUACAUAUACCGACGCUUUUUUAAAUUUACUUGUAUUUACGUGGUAGCAAACACAGUAAAAUUCGAAAUUGAAAAGUACGCAAACACUGGGAAAGACGCAUGUGUCGUAAGCGAUGUGAUACAUCAAUGCUUUGUAGACAACAAUAUAAUUGUUUGUAAAUUUUGACAAUGUUCUUGUUUUCUUGAAAAUGUAUCAUUUGGUGUCUAAUCCCUUUAAGACUUUUAAAUUCACAUAAAAUAAAAAAGAACAUUCUUUACAGUUAUAUAUACAUAUAUGUGAUGAAUGUAUUUAGAGUGUAUUUUUCUAAAAUUGUGAAUUCAUGUGUUUGGAAGUACUAUUUGUAAAUUGACGAUAUAUUUUGAUUUCAACCGAGGAACAAAUCCAACAUAUAUGACGUAUCUUUAUUCAGCUCAGCUUAUGCGAUGAAUAAUAAUACAUGUAUGUUUAAGAAACAAUUUUCAUGUUACACCUUAGCUGCGAAAUAAAAUGACGUGCAUCUUAAAAGCUCGUAUGAAAUGAGUCAAUCCUUGAUAAGCAUACAUAGUUUUUUUUUAUAUAUAGUAUGUAUGUAUUGGGCUGUUUAUAGUGUUUUGUGCUGUUCUUUUACUAUGUUUCUUGUUUGUGAUUUUUUGUGUGUGUUCUAUGUCUUUGGCGUUUACCCAGUGCCAUUAAACCGGGUUUAUGUUUAUACUUUUUGCUACUGAGCUUGUUUCUGUAGUUGUUCACAUAGGUAUUGGAAUUGUUUUCUUCUUUUGGCAGUUUGUAAUAUAAAUAAUACAUUGAAAACUAUAGAGACAAGCCUAGUAGUUGAAAAUAAACCCUUUUUAAGGGGCACAAGGCAAGGGUCCAAACGACAAUGAACUAUACACCCAAACAUAUUUUCACCAUAUACACAAAUACAAAUACACAGACAGACAACACACUAGAGUUCCCUGCACUAUGCGUUGUUUAAUUCUGUUAACUACUUUGUUUGCAUUUCGACUGUUUUUUAAUAUAAGAAUUAAAGAAAACAACACCUCAAGUAAUCAAUAAAACAAAGAAAAACAACGACUCCAGUGUUUCUGACGGCUAAUGCCCUUGGUACCCAAAUAUUGUAUUAUUUGAUGGUGCUCAAUAUUGGUAUGCAAUUAAUCUUAUAACUAUUGUACUGUCUAUGGUAAUAUAAAAAAAUGUGUAAACCGUUAAAGGCUACGAAUAUUACUAAUUCAAUACAAACAAAGGGAAGAUAUUGCUUCAAGUUACCUCCAAUAUAUUGAUCUACGUAAAUUUAAGGUCAAACUGCCAUUUUCCUUUGUUUCAAUAACGUAAUACUGGUAAAAGUAUAACACCAUAUUUAUGAAUCUCGCAAGUCAUAAAAAUAAAGUGUGCGGUAUGUUACGAUGUUACUCAAAGAAGCCAAGAAACAAACAUUAUUCAAAUUCUCAAAGGUAAUGACGAAAAUGACAAGUUCCUAUGAUAGUUGCUUAUAGAUCACAUCGUAAUUUUCCUUUCCUUUACUAUCAUAUACACUAUACUACCGUACUUUCUAUCUUGAACGCACCAAUGACAAUCUAUGUUUAACGAAUUUAAUUAAACGCGAAAUGGUAAGCAUGUUUAAGUUGCUGUUUUUUGCAAAUAUAUGGAGCUUUGUUAUCUUAAAUUGCAAGUAGUACUCACAAGAUGUCACUUAGCAAAGUAGGUGUCCUGAAUAUGAAAUGAAUUUUCAUGUUAUUAUGGUAAAUAUAUAAUGAUAAUGAACACGGGAAUAAUAAAUAAUAUUGUUUUCAUUGUAUUCUGGUAUAUUUUGAUUUUCUGUACUAUCAUCAUAUUCUUUAGAAUAUUUUAAAAUUGUAGCUAUUGUGUGAUGAUUUCUGUUCGUCGGUGAAAAGUUGAAAACAUAUCGUUAUUAUUGUGUUUGUUCAUAACGUUUAUUUAUUUUUUUAUUUUAUUUACUUAAUAGUCAUUGAGUCGUCAACACAUGUUUGCCAAAAGUAUUUUGUGUGUAUUUAGUGUCUAGGUUCAAGUUAUAUAUGUCAUAAUGUGUGAUUUGCCGAUGAGUAUCUUUUUAUAUGAUUGUGUGUAGUCGAAAAGGCGAGCAUAAAACAUUAGGACCUUU